AUGUCGACCACGCCAUCCCCCAAAAAGAAGUCCGGGGACUGGGGUAAUCUCACAGCCGGUGAAAUGAAGCUGGUUAUGGCCAGUGUUCUAUGCACGUCUGGAAAACUUGACACCGACAAGCUCGGAAAGCUGACCAGCAUGAAGAGAAACUCGGCAGCGAGUCGAUUUCCAUCCGCCAAACGCAAGCUGGCGAAGAUGUUUGAGGAUCAGUUGGACCUUAUAGGCAAUGAGAAUGACUCCAAUGUGAAGGAAAAAGCGCCAGCUAGAGUCAAAAAGCGCCGUGACAAAGUUGUUGAAUCACCCGAACCUGAACCCGAACCCGAACUUGAGAUCAAGAUCGAGACUGAAUCCGGAGAGGGCAUGAGCACCGACAGCCCCGUGAAGGCUGAAGCUGAAUCAGAGAAUAGCAAGGUUGAGGCCGAUGCUGAUAUCAAAAUCAAGCCCGAGCCUAUUGACUGA